AUGGCGACGUCCACUCAGAAAGUUGUCAUAGUUACCGGUGCGAUUUCUGGCAUCGGGGCGGUAUUGACGACAUACCUCCUACAAGACGGAUGGACUGUUGUCGGCGUCGACGUGGCCGACUCUUGUGAUCCAAAGAUCGCCGAAGAGUUUGGAAAAUCCUUCUCCUAUCGCAAAUGCGACGUUUCCAACUACGAUGCGCUGGCAGAGACCUUUGCACAGGUGUUUGCACAGUUUGGACAGAUCAAUGCAUUCUGCUCCAAUGCUGCGGUUUGCUACCAUGCUUUGAUCUAUGGAACUCAGCUUUCAAUCCACUUCAUGCGACAGAACCCGACCCCGGGAGGUUUCAUCGUCUGCACUUCAAGCAUGGUGGGAUAUCAUCCAAUUGCUACUUUCCCGGAAUAUUGUGGAGCCAAGUCUGCCAUGAACGCAUUUGUGAUUUCAACGGCCCCUGUCCUAAAGCUGCAGAAGGAAAACAUAACGAUUAACGCUGUGCUGCCGGGGAUCGUACCAAGCCAGUUCAUUUCCCAAGAGAUGCGUGACACCUUUGGUGCCGAUGGGUUGACCCCGAAGGAGACUAUUGCUGCGGCGUACAUGAAGUGCCUGCACGAUCGCAGUUUGAAUGGAGAACUGAUCGAGUGUUCGAGGGACAAACAUUUUGUGCUCCCACGACCGGGCUACGCAGACGGAGAGACUUCCAAGCGCACCUGCACUGUAUACGACCCAUAUUUCGUACAAGUUCACGGGGAAUCUUCCCAGCUUGAGGAUAUAGUCAGACGACGUAACUGA